GGGAAGAGGAGACUCUAUAAAUCCACAACCAGCAAUGGAGGUGCUUGUAGCAAAGACCUACCUGGAGCAGCCCAGAUCAUCAGCUCGAGAACCUGGUGUCAGAUGUACACUAUAUGAGGCAAGGAAUAAUAUACGGGGGCAAAAGGCAGAUGAAGAGAAACUAUUGGCAACCUUGAAAGAAUUGAACCCAAAUAUGGCCCUAGCACAGAUUAUGACCCCAAAGGCUGAUUCUAUUCCCUUAGUAGAAACCAAAUUUGGCAGAAGUCCACAAGGCUCGUAUGCUAGCUAUCAACUUGGAGUGACCGAAGAUAAUUUCAAAGUGUUUUGUGACAUCACGUCUAUCCGAAGGGCAAACCCUGCCAACCAUGGUGAGCAUAUUGUGACAUAUCCAAGAUUUCCCCUAUCAAGUCAGUCUAAU